AUGGGUCUAUCCUGUGACAACCGACGACAAUCGACGACCUGCCACGCCGACAAGAUGGGUGCCCUCAAGUACGUGGAAGAGAUCCAGAAGAAGAAGCAGUCCGACGUGAUUCGCUUCCUGCUGCGUGUCCGUUGCUGGGAGCUCCGUCAACUGAACGCUAUCCACCGUGCUUCCCGCCCCUCUCGCCCCGACAAGGCUCGUCGUCUCGGCUACAAGGCCAAGCAGGGCUAUGUUGUCUACCGUAUCCGUGUGAGACGCGGUGGUCGUAAGAGACCCGCUCCUAAGGGUGCCACCUACGGCAAGCCCACCAACAUGGGUAUCAACCAGCUCAAGUACCAGCGCGCUCUCCGUGCUACCGCUGAGGAGCGUGUUGGCCGUCGCUGCGCCAACCUGCGUGUCCUGAACUCCUACUGGAUCAACCAGGACUCCACCUACAAGUACUUCGAGGUCAUCCUCGUCGACCCCCAGCACAAGGCCAUCCGCCGCGAUGCUCGCAUCAACUGGAUCUGCAACGCGGUCCACAAGCACCGCGAGGCCCGUGGUCUUACCGCCACCGGCAAGAAGUCCCGUGGUAUCAACAAGGGCCACCGCUACAACAACACCCGCUCUGGUCGCCGCCACACCUGGAAGCGCCAGAACACCCAGAGCUACUGGCGUUACCGUUAAAUGUAGAUGGGGUGUUUAUUGGGGUUGUUGGUUAUGGGAAAAAUUUGAUCCUGUGGAUGUCACUAUUUCGAUCAAAACUCGCAUCUACGGUGCCGUUCUGGAACUGCUGGGGUGUGAGCAUAAUGCAACAGAUCUUCUGGAUCGGAUGUUAGCCAAAAUACCUUUUUUCACUUUUCUCGGUUCAACUGUAUUGUUCACCUUAACGAAGUAUGACGACCACUUUUACCUUUGUUC